AUGUCUGGCUACCAGCUCCCUUUCAAGCUCGACGACCCCUCCAUCCUCCACUUCGACUCCUUCGUCAACAACGAAUGGGUCCCUGCUUCCAGCGGCGCCCGCUUCGAAGUCCUAGACCCAGCAACCACAAAGCCAUGGACAAGCAUCCCAACCAACAACACAGAAGAUAUCCCCCGCGCAACAAGCGCAGCAGCAACCGCAUUCACCAAAUUCCGCACCACAACCGCCCGCCACCGGGCGACCCUCCUCCAAAACUGGAGCACCCAGCUCCGCACGCACAGAACAGACCUCGCGCGCAUCCUCGUCCACGAAACCGGCAAGCCCACCGCCGAAGCCCUCGCCGAAAUCGACUACGCACUGACCUUCACAUGGUGGUUCACCGGCGAAGCCGAGCGCAUAACCGGUACCCUGACACCAGCCGCAACACCGGGCCGAAGAAUCCUCACCCUAAAGCAGCCCAUCGGCGUCGUCGCGGCCCUCGUGCCCUGGAACUUCCCCGUCGCCAUGAUCGUCCGGAAAGCCGCGGCGGCCUUCGCCGCAGGCUGCACGAUGAUCGUCAAGCCAUCCCCUGAAACGCCGGUCAGCGCGCUGGUACUCGCUGAGUUGGCGAUGCGGGCGGGGUUCCCGCCUGGGGUGUUCAAUGUGCUUACCACCGAUCUGGAGAAUACACCCGCCGUGAGCGAGGCGCUGUGUCGGGACCCUGUCGUGCGGAAGGUGACGUUUACCGGGUCUUCGAGGGUCGGCAAGCUGGUUGCUGGGUAUUGUGCUGACGGGCUCAAGAAAAUGACGCUGGAGCUCGGUGGGAAUUGUCCGUUUGUUGUGUUUGCGGAUGCGGAUUUAAACCAGGCGGUUACGGCGCUUAUGGCGCUCAAGUGGCGGCAUGCCGGGCAGGCGUGCAUUACUGCUAAUCGGGUGUAUGUGCAAGCGGGUGUCUAUGAGGAGUUUGUCGGCUUGUUGAGGGAGAGGACGGCGCGGGAGGUCAGGGUGGGGAAGGGCGCGGAUGAGGGGACGACUAUGGGGCCGUUGACCACGUCGCGGGGGGUCGAGAAGGCGCGCGAGCAUGUUGCUGAUGCGCUUGGGAAGGGCGCGAAGCUUGUGCUUGGCGGGGAGACGGUGGACGGUGCUGAGGGGUAUUUCUUUCAGCCGACCAUUCUGUGCGAUAUGACCCCUGAUAUGCGUGUGUCUUCGGAGGAGAGCUUUGCGCCCAUUGCGGCGGUUUAUCGGUUCGAGAGCGAGGAGGAGGCCGUGCGCCUGGCGAAUGAUACGAGUAUGGGGCUUGCUAGUUAUGUGUUCACCAAGAACGCGGAUCGCCUGUGGCGUCUGUUUGAGAAUCUCGAGGCUGGUAUGAUUGGCCUCAAUACCGGGGCAUCGUCCGCUGCGGAGGCGCCGUUUGGCGGCUUGAAGGAGUCUGGAUAUGGCAAGGAGAGCGGCAAGGAGGUUGCUGUUGAUGAGUAUUUGGUUCUCAAGACGGGGACGUUGACGGUUGAGGGCCAUUACUAG